AUGAAAUUAAUUCAAGAUCAACUUCUAUCGUUUAGUUUCUAUCGAAGUCAUCAACGGUACGUUCGCAACUUGACCGAUACGUCGGCCGAAUUUAUUUGGUUUCAUAUUUUUAAAGAUACUAUUAUACGGUUACCACAUGAUGAACAUGCCAAAAAGGAAAUGUUAGAUGCAUCACGACAUUAUUAUCGUAACAAUAUUCAAGAAUUAAAAAAUAUUAACGAAUUCGAACAAAAUUAUCGAUCUGAAGAGGCUAUAAAAUGGUACACAAAAAAUUCGUUUGUCUAUCGUUUAAUUAAUAAAGCAUUACGAACCGAAGAUGUCGAACAAAUGUACACGUUUCGGUAUUUCAUUCAAGAUUUAUAUUCAGCAUUGACCUUGAAACAUAAAAUUUUUAAAGAAUAUGGUGAAUCAGUAACAUUAUAUCGUGGUCUUCGUUUGACACAAUUAGAAUUCGAUGAAAUGACUAAAGAUGAACAACAAUUGAUAUCUAUGAAUGGAUAUCUAUCGACAAGUCUUAGUUCAGGUGUUGCAAAAAUGUACGCCGGAGAACCGACACUAACAUCUGAUAAAUUGUCAAUAAUAUUAGAAAUCGAAUGUGAUGUUGAAAAAUUAGGCGAUAGAGUUAUUUUUGCUGAUGUUACAUCGGAAAGUACAUUUCGAGAUGAAAAUGAAGUUUUAUUUGAUAUUGGUGCUACAUUACAGUUAGUCGAUAAGCCAAAACAAACUGAUAAUGGUGUAUGGUAUUUUAAAAUGAUUGCUACGGAUGAAAGUCGAACAAUUGUACGAAAGUAUAUCGAUGAUCAUCUUGAGUUAAAUGUCGAUGUGAGUCCAAAAAUUAUGUUUGGAGUAUCAUUGUACAAUAUGGGAAAAUAUGAAUCGUCAUUGGCGUACUUUAAUAAACUCAUUGGAAAUCCUGAAAACGAAGACAUUCCUUUAAUUCAUGUACAUAUGGCUAGAGCAUUGGCAAUAGGAGGCGAUAAGAAUAAUGAAUGGAAACAUUAUGAAAUUGCGUAUGAAAUACUCACUAAAAUGGAAUCAAAACGUUUUGAAGACGAAGCUCGUGUUCUUAUUCAUAUGGGUAUUUUUUAUUUUGAUAGAGAUGAAAACGAUCAAGCACUCGAAUAUUUUACGCCUGCACUCCGUCUACUUGAACAGAUUCAUGAAAAGCCACACCUGGAAAUAGCUCGAGCGUUACUUUGUAUCGGAGGAUGUUAUGAACAAAAAGGUGACUAUGAUCGAGCUUUAGAAUUCUAUAAUCGUUCGUUAAAAAUCCAUGAAAAAAACGCUGAUCAGAAUCAUAUAACACAAUGCCUUGCAUUAAUUGCCCUUGGCAAUGCUUAUCGUUUACAAUGCAAAUAUGAAGAUGCAUUAGUUCAAUUUCAACAAGCCUUAGAUAUACGAACUAGAACUUUACCAAAAUAUCAUUCUGAUAUUGCUGAUUGUUUAUCAUUGAUAGGAAAAACCCUAAGCGACAUGGAUAAUCCAAGCGAAGGAACAAUGUAUUCAAUGCGUGCAUUACAAAUGUACAGUAGGACAUUACCAGAGACAGAAUUAAAUGAAAAGAGCUCUGUAUUAGUUGAUAUUGGCAUUGGAUUUUCCAGUGUAGGCGCUGAUCAACUUGGAAUAGACUAUUAUCAACGAGCAAUUACAAUGAAAAAAAAAUGCCUUCAACGUAAUCAUCCAGAUUUUGUUGCUAUAUUUGAAAAUAUGGCACUUAAUUACAGUCAUUUAAAUAAGCAUUUGUUAGCAUUACGAUAUAUAUUAAAAGCACGCCGAUUACGAAGAAAAAUACAGACACUGAAUCAUCCAAAUAUGGCUGGAACAUUGAAAAUAUUAGCAUUAGUAUAUUCAAAAAUAGGUUGUUUCAGAAGAGCAAUACAUUAUCUUAAACGAUCGAAAACUAUUUUAGAAAAAACAACACCAAUCGAACAUCCAGAAUGGAUUGACGUGAGAAAUCAAAUGAAACGAAUAAAGAAGAAAAUUCAAAAAGAAAAAUAUAGUAAAGGGAAAAAGAAACGCUGCAAAUUCGAAAAACCGAUAAGACGUGAUUUUAUAAAAUUAUUAUCGACAGUAGCAGAUAUUAAUUUACAGUUCUGCUCGAACUUGUAA